CUCUCUCUCUCAUCAUCAUCAUCUCUCUCGAUCUCCAUUCUCUUUCAUAUAAAAAGUGUUUAAUUCUUAACUAAAUUACAUUUCAGUUUUCCACCGGAUCAACUUGUUCCCUUCUAAUUGUCAACAAUUAACUUCCAUCAAAAUGUCUAAAGUAUUUGCUAUUAUUUUCUCAAUUUUCUUCAUCAUCUCAAUUGUUGCUGCUUCCAGAGGCGGUUAUGGUGGAUAUCAUAAUGGUGGUGGUUACAGAGGAAAUGGUGGUCAUCAUAAUGGCGGUGGUCAUUAUCCAGGUGGAGGUCAUCAUGGCGGUGGAAGUCAUCAUGGUGGUAACUAUGGUGGUGGUCAUCAUGGUGGUGGACAUCAUGGUGGUGGUGGGUAUGGUCACCAUGGUCGUCGAGGAUAAAUUAGCUUCGAUCUCCAAUAAUAUUGAACAAUCAAGACAAGACAAAAAUUUCUGUUUCUUAACAACAUUCAAAUCAAUUUGAAUACUUUUCUUAAUUGUCCAACCGUCAACAUAAAUUGUUGAUUCCUUUAAUCAAUUAUUGACAAUUUACCUCAACAAUUCGGGUUUAAAAUCUGUGAUUGUGGUUACAGCAAUUUAAUUAUUUGUGUUUCCAUUCAGUGCCUACAAAUUACAUUUUAAUCAUUUCCUAUCCGUUUUUAUUAAUAACUUUACCAUCAACAAUUAACUAAAAACCCACCUAAUGAUUAAUUAUUUUUUCAACCACAAUCACAAUCAAUUUUUUUAUAACUUUUAAUGACAAUUUUUACUCAACAACUGACAAUUUACAAUCUCUUGCAACAAUCAACUGAUUGUUGAAACAACAUUUGAAUAAAGAUGAAACAUUGUGACAAAUUACAA